AUGUUGAAGUUAUUACGACAUUUCUGCAAUAUGAAGCCACCGACUAAUGCCGCUCUCCUGCACGAUGUUGACAUUCCAACCAAGAAAGCAACUUUUGGAAUGGGUUGUUUCUGGUCAAAUGACUCCCUUUUUGGAGUCACACCAGGCGUCAUCCGUACCAGAGUCGGCUACUCCGGUGGUACCACGAAAAAUCCUCAUUACAGAAACUUAGGUGAUCAUACAGAAGUUAUAGAACUGGACUACGACCCAAAGACCAUCACUUAUGAAGAUCUGCUUAAGAUGUUUUGGGCGAACCAUGAAUAUGGACUUACCAAAAAAUUGAAGAGACAGUACCAAUCCCUAAUAUUAUACCACGAGGAGAAACAGCAAGUCGCGGCGGAGUCCUCAUACAAAGUUAUGCAAAAUCAGUGCAACGGGCAGCUUCGGACAGAGAUUGCACCAGCGGGUCCCUUCUACCCAGCUGAAGAUUACCACCAGAAAUACAGAUUGCAAGGUCACAAAGAUUUGUGUCGCAGCCUUGGUCUGGAUUCUAAGAAACUACAAACGUCACACGUAGCGGCCAGACUGAACGGCUAUUUGGUGGGAAUUGGCGGGAAAACGCAAUUUGAACAAGACAUAAUCCGAUUGGGUUUGAACGAGAAACAAGCGGAAUAUGUGCGACGAGAGUUCGAGAGAAACGAAGGAGGCGGUCUAGCUUGUUAA